AUGAAAUACAUUGGGUAUAGCAAAAUAAGUGGAAUUUGGUUUAAUCUUGAAUCACAACCACAUGUUUCUGCUUCUUAUGCUGAACCACCAGUUUCGGACUAUGGGUUUGAGGAAGAGGCAAGAGAAUAUCUCAACUCAGUUCAUAUAGAUGAUGAUCCAGUGGACAAGUAUAGUCUUCCUGAGCAGCAACAACAACUACAAGAAGAUCUUGAGACUGAAGUUGUGGUUGAGAAAACUCCUACACGGGAGGCAUAUCCACCGGUGCCUAAUGUUGCUCAUACUAUCCGUGAAACCCCUGUCACUCUUAUGGAAGAGUCUUUUGAGGAGCCUGCUAAGAAAACUUAUGCAUCUAUUUUAUGUGUCUCCAAAGGCCAAUCAGUGUUGCACGUUGCACUCGAACAUGCCCCACAUCAUUCUUUUCAAAGUUCUCCUCCUUCAGAGUUUAAUCAUGUGACACAGCCUGCUACUCAGCAGGCUGUGGUGAAGCCUGUUUAUCAGCAGUCAAGCUUAGUAUCUGCAUAUACUUCAGAGUCAAGGGCCGAUGCAGCAGUGGAUGGCUACAAAUUUGACCAUGAAGAAGUAACAUCUGUCUAUGUGAGAAACCUGCCUGCUGAUAUUACCGAAGCUAAAGACCUGUAUAAGCAUAAAAACAUCCGAAUUCAAUUAAUACUCAACAAAAACUCUAAUAGAAAUUUAUAUUGGAUCUAA